UUAGCCAGGGUAUAUAAGCCCUGUUAAAGGGAUGUAACUGCUGUUACAGUUAGUGAUUGCGUCCUUGGAAACCUGAACUUGUAACUGUUGAUUCAGCGUCACCUUGUGGACAGUUGCUAAUCAUGACUUCAUUGAAAGUGAUCGUAGUUCUGCUAACUGUAACAGUUCUAGCUUUCCACCAGUGUGACGGCAACUUGCAGGAACUGUGUGUGGUGUUUGAGACCUACAUCAGCCGGCCCUGUAUGGACUUCAGCAGCUACGGCUGUUCGUGUGGGCCGUCAAAGUUUGGGGUACCCAUUGACGGCAUCGACACAUGCUGUAAGCAGAAGAAGAAUUGCUAUGCCCAGACAAGCUGUACCUACAAUGACUAUACCGGAGUCAUGUGUUCGAAUGGCGCCUGUCUCUGUGACGACACGGACGUGACGUCAUGUGCGUACAAGGCGUGUCAAUGUGACGUACAGGCAGCUGAGUGCUUCACUCAACAAACCUUCAACACAUCCCUGAUCAGCUACAACUACACCAACUGUGUUGUUGUUUAAAUGAUCUGACGCUGAACACCAACAAAAAAAACAAAACAAUUAUAGCUCACAAAGUAGAAAUGUGAUAGUUUAGUAUACAGUCGAAUGUAAAGUUGACUAUUUUAUUUUACUAACAAACAUUGUUAAUAAAUGUUGGAUGUAAUAACAUAAUAAUUAUGUAUUGUAUGUAUACUAAUAAAACA